GGCUGAUGCUGGGCGGCGACCAAGGCAAAAGCAAGCAACAUCACGCGGCUCAAGGUGGGAGUGCUGGAAGUACUAGCAUCAUUAAGGCAACCGGAAGAGAUGCUGGUGCUUGUUCAUCUUCAUCGUCAAGGCCGGGUGCUGUGGGAGUUACCACGAGGAGACGGGGACCGUCUCGAGCCGAGGCAGUGGCAGCCAAGUUACGCGGAGAGGCGGAGCGCGCGAAACCGAGUAGGGUGGAUGACCUUGACAACGACGCUAGCAGGGGGCCACAACCGGCAAGGGGAGCUUGGUCAACCCAGAACACGUGCAAGAGCAUGAGCAGCAAGUGCAACAGUAACAAGAAGACGAAGCCGCCAGAUGCGCUCCUCGGACCUUCCAGAGUAGGCCUAAGCGCUAGUGGCGAUGGUUCGGUCGUGUGGGGUCCCGCUGACGCUGAUCUUAUACACGUGAAACCAUACAGAAGAUACUGGUUUGAGCGGCCUCCUCGAGUACCGAAGCUAGAGUACUACGAUGCGAAUGGUGACCUCGCUUUCGGUGUCCCGGACGACAAAACUCUGGCAGCUUUAUUGACGCAAGAAAAAGGAAAUAGAAAUUGUGUCUGGAUUUCUAGGCGGCGGCAUCGACGGCGAAACAAGAACAGACUAGCGCUAGAUCAUAAUGGAGGUCACGGACGAGGAAAUAGCGAAAAUAGUCAAAACGUCGUAGCAAAAGGCGAAAAAAUGCAGAUCUUCACCGAAUUGCGAAUAGGGACAGGCCUCGAUGUAUUGAGCAGAGGAGCAACUAGGGCCGCAGAGGGGGUUGUCCCCGAUUGCACUGAAUCACAAGGAAGAAAUGGCACUUGUGCUACAGGCGUGGCGCAAGAGCAAACACACGGAUGGCAAAGCAAAGAAGGAAACCCGGACAACGCACACCAGGAAGAACCACAUGUCGCCAGACCACCUGAACAGCUAGAUUUCGACCACGAUGCAGACUUGCAUAGGGAACUCGACUACUUCGUUGCGCUAAAGCGACAGGGCAUCACCGUGGAAAAGUGGGAUGAAAUACGUCGAUGUAGCGCGGAAGAAACUCCUGCAGAAAACAAUAAAGAGAGCGCCGAUUCGCCAUGGCCUCCUGUACCCCGUAUCGCGAAUAGUGCUCUCAAACAUAGAGGAGGGGACUUAGACGAAGAAGAAGGAAUUCUUGCAGUUGCAGGAGCAGAUUCUCAGCACGACAAAAAUUUCGAAGGCAGUCACGAAACUCCAUUCAUGAAGUGUGAGCAUUCUUCAUCUUCUUCAUCCUCCUUGCGCGAUGUGAGCAGAACGACCACAUCAAGUAUAGCAUAUGGAGGUUCACCAUUCAUCACGUGGUCAACGUGGACAUGCUGUCGUGAAGAUGAAGGUCUUCAUGAUCACUCCUCUGAUCCGGCAAACAUGAAUGCCAUGUCGAGCCCUAUUGACGACGUGGUCGAGGUGAUAGACGCUGACAUUUGUGCAAUGCUAUUUUCGGGCGUCGAUGAGUGGGAGGAGGAGAAUGAAUUGUCCUGCGCGGCAUUUUUUGAUGCUCCACCAGAUGGAAGUAGCAAUGUUCCACCAGGAGCAUGGAGCGGGAGCCAGCAGCGUACUUACAUAUCUUCCGGACACUCUACGAGAAGGCGCGGGAGGAGUGGUCGACGUAACAUGACAAGAACUUCUACAAAGGAGGACAGCGACAUUUUUGUAGAACAAGUCACGUCUAGUACAAGUAGCACGAGGGCAUUUUUCCUCGAUGUAGCGUUUGUUCUUGCACUGAUAUUUGAAGGUAGUCACAGAGCGGUGAUGAAUGAAGAUGGUUGUGAAGAAAAAACGAGUAGGAGUUGUACACAAGAAGAAGAGCAAGAUGAUGAAGGUAACACGUCCGUCGAUUUUUUUCUAGCGGCGUCAGUCAUCGUCGAGGCAGUGACAAAGAGCUGCUUGUUGCAACUCCACCUACAGGAGGAGGAGGAGGAGGAAGGAUACAACAGUGGUGCCAUAAUAGAAAUAGAAGGUCAUCAUGAAGCCAAAUAUGAUGAGCAGUGCGGUGUUGCUAGUAUGAGCAAGCGGACCGGGCGUACUGAUCAACUUCUUGCAUCGACGACGAGAAAAGACUGCGGUGCGCGUCGCGAUGAACGAGUAGAACCAGGAGUUUCGCUAGCCCCUACCUCAUCGACAUUGUCGUCCGCUAAAAAAGGUGAUGCACUCCAGGAAUUACAACAACAAGCACAUCACUGCAACUUGUUACCCGUGGUCGCCUCUUCGACGAUACGUGAAAGGCAUGCCCCGAGCUUCUUUCCUACGCGUUGCAAGGACAUCGAAUUUGAUUUCAAAGCUGAGCCAGUCUUAGAUGCAGUACUCAAUGUGAAGAACAUUGACGGUGGUGCCGCAGAACAUCAACCGCAUUACAGAAAAAAUGAUUCACGCCUCCCUCUGAGCGCGCCGCAUUCAUCCUCGACAAACAACGUCAUGAAAUCAAAUGCUCUUUUACUACAUGAGGAUCAAGCUAUUCUAGAUCUAGAGACGACAUUUACAUUACGCGAUGAAGCGAUGAGGACGACUCAGGAUCAGCACGAUCGAGACCAUGCACUGGCUAUGCAGUUGGCCUUGGAGAGACCCG